CCGUAGAUGAGAAGCGUGUCUAGGAGGGCGGCAAGGCAGGCAAAGAGGACGGCAGCGGCGUCCGCACCGCUUAGCUGGCUAGCCCUCCGCCUCCCUGCUGGCGGUGGCGGCCCCUCAGCCACAUCGGGAUUCCACCAGUCCCUGCUGUCGCCGCGGCAGUCUCCUCCCUCUUUCCGUAGCGCGGCUUCCUGCCCAGAGAGAGGCCUCCUCUUCCUGUCAAACACCCCGCUCUCCUCUCCACCAGGCUCCCACGCCCACCACACAGCCUGGAGCCCAGGCGGAGGUAUAGGCUCUGACUCCGCCUCUUUCCAAAUCCGGAGUAGUUGGUGCCACAGUCGUCCUCGGAACCCCGUGGCCCCUUCCUCACCCGUUUCAGGGCCACUUGGUUCCCACCUCCACCUUCUUAGUCCGCCUGCCCUAUCUGCUUUCCAUCUUCUUGGAAUUCGCCUUGCCACCGCCCCGCGCCCUCCCCCGCCCCCGCCCGAUCUCGUGCCCUUAUGGAUUUAUUCUUUACACGUAAAUAUAUCUUUCCUCUUUUUGAAAGGAUUUGGAGUUGGAACAGAGAAAUUCACUAUGGAUGAUGCUAUAUCUUUAUAUGACCUUUGGAAUAUCUGUAAUCAUCCUGAGGGCAAUACUUAUGUAAUGAAGAUGGAAGAAGAGAGAAUAGGAAUACUCUGUGCACUUUGAUCUUAUCGUUUAGCUGCUGAUCAUACCAUCCCUGGAGUCCUACUUCUGACUCCAAGUUAUGAGGUAACAAAUUUCUUUAUAGUUAAAGCAAUUUGAGUCUGGGUUUUCUGUUACUUGCAGUUGAAGGCAUCUUAAAUGGCUUAGCAUUCCCAGACUUAAAUGAUAUAGUAUCCCUAGACGAUACCUUUAUACUUUUAAGUUAUAUGAAAUACAUUCUCAGGCACUCAUUCAUACAACCAGCUCCCAUAUCAGGAAAUGGGACAUUACUUCCAGAAUUAAAAAAUCCAGUAUUCAGUUGCAGAUAAGGAAUAAGGACCUAUCUAAAAAACAAGCAUGAGGUAAAAAGGCACCAUUCUAAUUUGCACUAUAAGAAAAAAUAUACCAGGAUUAGCAAAUAACUCCCUAAAUAAAUGCUGUCAACAAAGUGAUGAGCCUCUUAUAUUUUCCUCAUAGGAAGAGGUAGGCUUCCGGA